CAUACCAAAGUACUUGGCAUGUGUUGCUGGAAAUAAGAAAAAAUACCCAGGUACUUGGCAUGUGCUGCUGGAAUUAAGAAACCAUACCCAGGUACUUGGCAUGUGGAACUGGAAUUGAGAAACCAUACCAAGGUACUUGGCAUGAAUUGCUGGAAUUUAGAAACCAUAUCCAGAUAAUUGGCAUGUGUUGAUGGACUUGAGGAACCAUACCCAGGUACUUGGCCUGUGUUGAUGGAAAUGAGAAACCGUACUCAGGUACUUGACAUGUGUUGCUAGAAUUGAGAAACCAUACCCAGGUACUUGGCAUGUGUUAGUGGAAUUGAGAAACCAUACCCAGGUACUUGACAUGUGAUACUGCUGGAAUCGAGAAACCAUACCCAGGUACUUGACAUGUGUUGAUGGAAUUGAGAAACCAUGCCCAUGUACUUGGGAUGUGUUAGUGGAAUUGAGAAACCAUACCCAGGCACUUGGCAUGUGUUAGUGAAAUUGAGAAACCAUACCCAGGCACUUUACAUGUGUUGCUGGAAUUGAGAAACCAUACCCAGGUACUUGGCAUGUGUUAGUGGAAUUGAGAAACCAUACCCAGGUACUUGACAUGUGUUGCUGGAAUUGAGAACCCAUACCCAGGUACAUGGCAUGUGUUGCUGAAAUUGAGAAACCAUACCCAGGUACUUGACAUGUGUUGUUGGAAUUGAGAAAGCAUACCCAGGUACUUGGCAUGUGUUGCUGGAAUUGACAAACCAUACCCUGGUACUUAACAUGUGUUGUUGGAAUUGAGAAACCAUGCCCAGGUACCUGACAUGUGUUGCUGGAAUUGAGAAACCAUAACCAGGUACUUGACAUGUGUUGCUGGAAGUAAGAAACCAUACCCAGUUACUUGGCAUGUGUUGCUGGAAUUGAUAAACCAUACCCAGCACCCGACGCCGACGUAUUCAGAGACUGGUAUAGCUGGCACAUGGAAUGUCAUCGUAACAAUCAGACCAUGCUCAGCUGGCCGAUGUGGAUGGAACGAGGCCGAUCUGACCUGAAUGUCACAUAUCCCGUUUGGUUCUACGGCGUUGAGAUUCAUCUACUCACAGGACUCACACGAACUUUCAAAAUCUCACAACUCGAGAAUCACAAGGAAGCGAGAACGAGAUGUAUGAGUGAUACAAGUUCGUUUGAACCCGGUUUGUUUGUCCUGGACACGGCGAAAUCUCUGUGCGCAAAAAAACUAUCAACUACCAUUUUUUCUAUUCCGAACAUAAGUCCUACGAAUCUAAAUGACUUUCAGAUUGCUGCAGACAUCAUUCAGGUUCCUUUCUGGGUUCAACCUGUAAACGUUCAGGCUUUUGUUGGGGCGCCCAUCACUACACUCCUGUGUUACUUGCUCGACCUGGACGGAUUGGUAAAGAAGGAAAAUUGUUCAGAAAAGUAUUCGUCCGUGUGCGUUAAUGCAACAGCUCACGACACAAUAACCUACUUAGGCAGCACUUCAAGCGUUCCGUUUUAUCGCUCGGCCUUGACGUCAUCAUCCAGGGCAAAACGGCUUACCGAUAUCCUACUUACGAUACCGAUCACCGUGUUUUCGGUUUUUAUUGCUAUGAACAGAUUGUUCGAUAACUUAUCAUAGAUUUGAUGAUUGUUUGUCAAUGUUAACGGUAUCAGUAAUAACAAUUGUGCGUGAUUUGAGCCGCGUUCUAUGAAAAGUGCGCUUAAUGCGAGUGGGUAGAGUGUCAUCCCACAUUAGCAUGUGCACUACGCACAGGCUAGUAUUCGACGACACUUUCCGCGUUUAUUCGUUUCAAGAAAGUCGCUUCUUCGCUAAAAUCUAUCUAAGGCGGAAAGUGUCGUCCCUAUGUCGUUCCCUGUGCAGUCCGCACAGGCUGAUCACGGGAGACACUUUACGCGUAUGCUUUAAGUCAGUAUUCUUAGAACGCGACUCGCAUUAUUGAAAUGCGUUUACGUAAUUUUACGUUUACUAAAACAGACUUUACCGAACUUUCACAAAUGUGUGCGAAAAAAGUUAGCCCACGUGAAAUAAAUCAAAUGCUACUUA